GCGGGGCCGCGCGCGGUGCACGUCGGGCCGGCGGCGGACCCGGGCCCGGCGGGUAGCUCAGGCUCGCAGCAAAGACGCCAACCCCGUGUCCCACAGGCCCCCGUGCUGCCAGGCAGGAUCCAUGUGUGGGGACUCGGGGCAGGAUGGAGAGCCUGGGGCUGCCAGCAGUGACCCUUGGGGAUGGCACCACGGCCUACCUGCAGCAGGCUGCCAGAGGUGAAAAGCUGAUUGAAGGGCAAGUCAUUGAACUUGAAGAUGGGACCACAGCUUAUAUCCACCAGGUGACAGUUCAGAAAGAGGCUGUGGCUUUUGAAGAUGGGCAGCCAGUGGUGCUGGAGGAUGGCAGCAUGGCCUUCAUACACAGCACAGCCAAAGAGAGUUACGAGCCUGGCACAUUCCAGGCUGUCCAGCUGGAGGAUGGCUCCACUGCCUACAUCCACCACCCUGUCCUCGUGGCCCCUGGCAGCACCAUCCUGCAAGUGCAGGUGGAAGCUGGGCUCCAGGGGUUGCCUGGGAAGGAGGAGGAAGAUGAUGGCCUCGAUGUGGACACCAUGAAUGCAUUGCAGCAGCAUGGCAGGAAGGGCUCUGACGAGGAAGAGGAGGGAGUGACAGACACCUGCCAUGUGAAGAGUAAAGACUCUGGCAACAUCUCUUCCCAGGAUCUGCAGGAGGAGGAGGUGCAGAGCCACAGGAAGGGGCAGCAGGUCGGCAGCAGAGCUUUCCGCUGCGGGUACCAAGGCUGUGGCCGCCUCUACACCACUGCCCACCACCUCAAGGUACAUGAACGUGCUCACACGGGUGACCGGCCAUACACGUGUGACUUCCCAAGCUGUGGGAAAGCAUUUGCCACAGGGUAUGGUCUGAAGAGCCACGUGAGAACACACACAGGUGAGAAACCCUACAAGUGUCCAGAAGAUUUGUGCAGCAAAGCCUUCAAAACCUCGGGGGACCUGCAGAAACACAUCCGCACGCACACGGGUGAGCGUCCCUUCAAGUGUCCCUUCGUGGGCUGUGGCCGCUCCUUCACCACGUCCAACAUCCGCAAGGUUCACAUGCGGACGCACACGGGCGAGCGGCCCUACACCUGUGCGGAGCCUGGCUGCGGCAGGGGCUUCACCAGCGCCACCAACUACAAGAACCACAUGAGGAUCCACACAGGAGAGAAGCCGUACCUGUGCACCGUGCCGGGCUGCGGGAAGCGCUUCACCGAGUACUCCAGCCUGUACAAGCACCACGUGGUGCACACGCACUGCAAGCCCUACACGUGCAGCAGCUGCGGCAAGACCUACCGACAGACCUCCACGCUGGCCAUGCACAAACGCAGCAGCCACGGCGAGCUGGAGGCCACCGAGGAGAGCGAGCAGGCCCUGUUCGAGCAGCAGCAGCUGGAGGCUGCUGACAGAGGCUCUCCACUGAAGAGUCAGCAUAUUGCUUUCCUCUCAGAGAUGGAGGAAGAUGAAGAAGAAGAUGCUGUGCCUACACAAAUCUCACUUAUCUCUCAGGACGGGACAGAGCAGGUCAGUCUGUCUCAGGAGGAGCUGCAGGCCCUGGGCAGUGCCAUCGGCGUGGUGGCACAGAGCGGGGUCCUCGCCGUGCCCGAGGGAGGGGACACUGGCACCGUGGCUGUGGCCAGCCGUGAUGGCACCGAGGCACAGGAGGUGACCGUAGUCGCUUCUGGGGCGGCGGUGUCAGAGGAGUCGGACAUUGCCCCACUCUGCCAUCAGCAGGUGGCAUUGCUGGCCACCUCCCACGGCACCCACAUUGCUGUGCAGCUGGAAGAGCAGCAGAGCCUGGAGGAAGCCCUCAGCAUGGCCACAGCAGUCAUCCACUACGAGCCAGUGCCCCCUGCCACAGCCCUGCCUGGGAAGGGGAGCUGAGGCCAGCAGAGCAGCCAGGGCAGGGCAGUGCCAGCCCCAGCCUGUGCAGGGCUGGCAGGGACAGUGUCUGAGCAGUGCCAGCGUGUGCCCUGUGCCAGCUGGGACACUGGCAGGGCACAGGGCUGCUGGGGUGACCCUGUCUGAAGGGCUCUUCCCUCUGGGAGGGAGGGCAGGUACACUGGGCUGCUCCUGGGCUCUGGGCAGCAGCUCUGUCUGCAGGGGCACUUCCUGCCCUCUCCCUCCAGGAAUGGUGCAACUGCUCCCCUUCUUGGCCACCCCUCCAGCUCAGUGGGCAGCACAUGCACAGAAGCAAUAAAGGCCCAUCAGAGCAAGGCCAGGCUGUCCUGAGCUUGGUAUGGAGGGUGAGCAGUUCCUGCCACUGGAGCCAGCACUGGGAUGGUUCCAACAGCAGUUCUCCCAUCUCUUUGUCACGCUUCCUUUUCAAGCAGGGCUUCCAUGGCAGAUCCCUUGGCUGUGAAGCAGAGCAGCCAGCACUUGCCAGGAGCUGAGCUAGACCUGGAUGUAAAUGCUGAGUUGAAAUAAAAACAAAAUUUAAAAUUGUUUUUUAAAAGGA